AUGGUAUUUCAUAAGCAACGACAGCGAUUAUCCAAGAAGCUUGCACAGGUUCAAAAGGCGGGAAAAGAAGCGCUGGGAAAGGCCUCUGCCAAAGCGAAUGAGAUCACGAAAGACAAGAACAAACGACCAACAACAAUCUUCGUUCCUUCCUCCGGUGAAGGCCACGAGACAACAUCGCCAUUAGAUGGCAUGACACAGUCUGCGAAUGCCUUCAUAACACAGCUGGGCACCAACUUACUGCUGGGAAUGGAGGGCAUAAGUCAAUAUGAUUGUCAGACAGAAUCGUAUUCAAGGGACGAAUCCACGGGAACCACCACUACAAAAAUAGUCACACGGUUAAAAUCCACAGGAGAGACCGUCGCGUCACACACACAAGUCCAAGAGACAGAUGGUUCCAUGAUGGUGGUGACAAAGCAGUCCCUCAAUGAAACAUCAAAGGGGCCACUUGGGGCAGGAAUAAUAUCACAACACGACAAUAGCUCCCGCCCACCGGAACUUCCCAAAGAGGGCAUCGUAGAGUACACCAUGUACUGGGAUGUCAAGGAUACGUCCAAGCACCGGGUGGUUUGCAAGGUGGAAUCGGGCCCGGAAGCAGGAAAAAUUAUCGAGUAUAACGUCAUGACAAGAGAUGGACCAGCUGGAAAACAACAGUUCUAUAAAGAAGUUCGAGUCACCCGGCAUUCUUCACGCAGAGGCUAUUUUCUUGGUUCACUGAGCUUUGUGGUGUUAGCCAUUGUCAUAUUUGCCGCGAUGACGACAGCUAGAGUGACAGUGCUGGACUGCUUGUGCAUGCCGACGCCUCCCAAUUGGAGCUUCUCCUCCACGAAGAAUGAAAACUCUCAAUGGGAGGCACCUUGGUGGGCUCCUCUGUCAUACAAAACCAAAACGUUUCGAAUCCUUUGUACGACGCCCAGUGAUCAUCCUCAACAUGCCAUUGCACGAUUCGCCCUGUCCUGGAACUCGCAAGGACGCCAACAAAAACUUGGCAUUUUUCGCCUGACAGACCACUAUGAUCGUCAUGACGGGACAUAUACGAAGACAACCUCUCAGGCAGUCCACAAAAAGACUGGAGCAUUGGAUUCGGUGGUGGUAAGGACGGCAGAGGUGGAAAUAUUCCCAUCAAAGAAAAAGAAUAAGAAGGUCGAGUCCAAAACGAUACUAACAAUCUGGCGAGCAGCAGGACGAAACCAAUGA